CGUUAUGUCAGUUGUCGCUUUAAUGGCUGCUGCAGCUGCUUCUUCUUCUUGUCCUGCCUUUUUGGAGAAUAAUACAAAUGAAGAGCAAAAUGAAGACAUGGAAGAGGACGAAGAAGAAGAGGAAAUUGAGGCAAAUAAUUUUUAAAAAUUAAUUUUAAAAAAUUUUUAAAAAUUUUUUAGCCGCUAACAAAUAAUCCGGACAUUUCAACGCCUCAAAAUAAUUUUAAACAAAAUUACAAUAAUUUUAAUAAUAUUCAAAAUGUUCAUCAAAACAAUAAGGAUAAUGCACCAAUUAAUAAUAAUGCAGCUUCUGCUGCCUGUAAAGCAUUAUUUCAACAAUUGUUUGGGGGAGGAAAUGAAGCUUCCAAUUCACAACCAAAUGAGCAACUUCUGCGUUUUCUAUCUCAAAUAAACGAAAUGACACACUUAUCUGAUUCUAACACCCAGCAACAACAAAAUAAAAUUAAAAUUGAAGAAACAAUAGUGCCUAAUAUUAAAACAAAUUCAUUUUUGUCAACAAAAUGUAAACAGUGUGGCAAGAGCUUUCGGAAACCGCGCGACUUGCUCUCACAUCUGGCUACCGCCCACAAGCUUGUAAAUGGCCAAGACAACAACAACAACAACAACAACAUGUUUCCUAAUAAACAGGCACAGACAGACACCCCCUCCCAACAAUCCUCCCCUUGCAACAGCGUUUUUUCUGCUUCAACAGAUUUAAAAUCCUCAAAUAAUUUGCCAGAAAUUUUGGCUAUUGAACUCAAAAGACUCCGAAAAACAUUUUUUAAUUCAAAAAAUAAUGAAGAAAAUGGGGGCCAAUUAAAUUUAAAUAAUUCCGGGAGUCUUGUACGCGUCGAACAAAUUUUGGGGCAGCUCGAUUCGCGUGUUUGUCGGCUUGAAAAACAGGUGGAAAUGGCAUUGAAUAGUAUCUACACACUUGUACAGCUUCAAACGGGAAUAAAUAACAAUAUGAAUAAAUUGAACCGUUCAUUGACCAAUUUUCAGAAUAAUGGCCAAAAUAAUAACAAUACCCAGUGAUUUAAUUUUUGUUUUUAAAUUAAAAAUCCCUCUCCCAACCCAGAAACUUGCCCAAUAAAUACCCAAAAAAAUCAUUUUUUGCCAUAAAUUGCCAAAACUGCCAUUUAAAUAUUUUUGCCAAAUUCUAAUAUUUUUUAAAAAUAUUUUUGCAUCUUUUUUUUAAUUGUUUAAUUUGCCAUAUUUCCGCCAAAUAUUAUAAUUUUAUGCCCAGUAUUGAUAUUAAUUUAAGUGUUCGGAUUUGUAUUUAAAUAAUUAUUGAGGCGACUUUUAUCUUUUCAAUCCUGGACAAACUCAGAAGUGGGUCGGAAUUCCAAGUUCCGAGUUUUGACUUCCAAGUUCCGACGUUUUUUUCCUUCCGAGUUCCGAAAAACAAUUUUAUUUCCGACUUCCGAGUUCCAACUUUUGAGCCAGUUCCGAUUUCCGGCUCUUCCGAUUUCCAACACCUCUGCCUGUUCCGACUAUUUCUGGGCAAAAUAUACAGCUCAUGGACAGUUCAUAGUACCUCAGUCUUUUGAUUUUUUGACAUUAUUUGACCAAUUAUUUGGGCAGGUUAAUAAACAGGGGGUGUUUUUGUGCCUUAUUUCAAUACAAAUCUGGACACUGGAUAUUACUAUAUUUGUUUGAAUAAAAUUACUUUAUAAACUAUAUAGUAAGGGCGAGGUACAAAUUUAAUCUCGGGCAGGGUUUAAAAACGGGACGGGGUCCAUUUAAUAGAUCUUAAACCCCCGCCUAGUCAGUAGAGCUUCGCCGGAAGUUCCGGUUACGGUAGGCCGGAAGUCCGCAAUUUUUGGUUCCGGAUCCGGUCAACUUAGCGGUUCCGGCGAAGCCCUUCUAGUGAGCGUUUUAACUGCUAACCAGCUGUCAGAAAUUCGAGUCACA